AUGGCCGGUUCUCAGAGCGGAGAUUCGGUUUCUGGGGAUCCUCGCUCCCUACGUGACGGAACGCUGCCCUCUCACCAGGAAGAAGCAGAGGAAGAGGAGGAAGAGGAAGAAGAAGAAGAAGAAGAAGAAGAACGGACGGUUCCUGAGGAGGAGAAUAUUGAAACAUCUUCUCCAGUUCCUCGUUGGCGUCUGCGUUUUCAAAGCCAGGUUCCGUUUUUCCAAUAUUCCGGUCUUCCAACAACCAAACUAGCAGAGUGGUGCAUUGAUAUGAGAGGAAAUCCCCUUCUUUCAUCAUUCACUACCGAUGCAGACCGAGCGGUAAUUAGGAAGCUGCCUGAGCAACCUCGGUACGUGGAUUGGAGGGUGGUGGAUGGUAUUCCACAGUUCAAAAACUGCAACCGCGCUCAACAGCGCCGAGCAGCAAUGGCGCAGCGUUUCGGACAGCUUGCACCUCUGGGUGAGGAGUGUAGCUACUGUUCCUCUGGAAAAGGUUCCUUUGAGAGCUGCCGUGUGGCGAUAGAUGACAGCAACACUCUGAUGUUCCAGGGUAGUUGUCUGUGUUGUGCCUUUCUGGAUGGAGGAGCCAAAUGCAGCUUCCGUACCAUGCGUCCUCUCUGGAUAAGGGCGUACGAGAAUUCUGAAUCCCUUGCAGCUAUAGGCUCUGCUCCUUCAACGGUUCAGCGACGAGGUCGUACCAAAGCUUUGGCCAAGACCGCUCCACCUCGUUCUGGCACAGUGAUCCGGCAUUUGGAACAGCCUACUGCCCCUGUUACUCAAGGCCACAAUGGUCAAUCCCGUUCUGGUGUUUUCCGAGGAUAUGGAGCUAGUUCCACUCCGGGAGGCCAUUCCCAUGGCUUAACUAGGGGUUCUCGUCGUGUUCGAGUCCGUUCCAAUAUUCAGGAGCAUCCGCGCACUUCAGUAGAAUCACCUUCUCUAGCCAUUCCGACCUCCCUGACCCGUUCAGGCUGGUAUUUCGACCUUCCACCAGCAAUUAAUCCGCAUGAGGACAUGCCUGCUGUGGAUUCUCCCCUAUAUGUGUCCCCAACCACUCAAUUGGAUCGGCAGGAGUCUGAUCUUCGUGUUCUGCGCCAGGCCUACCAUGAUGCGCUUUCAGUUCGCCAACGAGCGACAUGGGAUGCAUACCGAAUUGGACGUCGGAUCCAACUUCUAACCCAGAAGCCACCUACUCAGAGCUCAUGGCAAGGUAGUGGUCUUUCGGAAUCAGAGAGAGAGCAGAACUAA